UUUCUUGUGUGUGGUAAUGAUGAAAAUUUUGUAAUUUUUUAGAAAAAAUAUAGAAAAUUUAGUCAAAUUAGUAGGAAAUAUGUGCUAAACUAUAAAACCAAUGAAACGUGUCUGUAUGCAAACUGGAGUAAAUGUGCUGAAUGUCCCAAUUUCUGCAGUCUGGCGAAAGAAAGAAUUAGAAGAAAUUUCAUAAUUUGAAAAACGAAAAGUUGUGUAUGGGCAUGUAGACAGGAGAAUAAUUCUCAAAAGUUAAAGGCUAACAAAAAGAUUUUUGUGGCUUGUGGGUAAAAGUGAAGACAACGCGAAGUUAUUAAAGACGGCAACAGAAAGAAAAGUUAUAAAUAUAGGAAAAAGAGAAAUUGCAGCAAAAGUGGCCGUAGCGGAAAAAUGUUCCUUAUAUUCUAGAUACGAGCUCAAGCACUACAUACCUACAUCAAUGCUUGAACAUAUGAAUGGAUGAUCGAUGCAAUUUACGCAACAUAUGCACCAAACGGAAACGUUAACAUACAUACAUAGAUACACAGUAGAAACUAAUAACGUUUGUGCCCAGCGCCAAAGAACAGCAAAUGCAGCAACGCUAGCUCGUCAAAUAGCAAUAUCUACCACAGUUCUGCAGGGAUUCAAAAAAAAGGAUUAAUUUUAAGCAAACAAGUAACCAACCCACAAGAAAACGAGAUACAAAAACAACAUUUGCCUAAUGAUAAUGUUUUCGAAAAAAGCAACAACAAAAAAGUACCAAGAUUUAACACGAGUUUCCUUACGUUUCUAAACUUUUCAACACCAAACUACUUUAACUGAUGUUCAUGGUAUAUUUUAAAAACACGUUUUUACAAAAAAGAGGAACCCAGUACCAAUUGUUGGUUGCGACUGGAAAAGCUUAAAGUUUUUGCAUUGUGUAAUAAACAGUGAGAAAGCGGAGCAGAAAUUCAAUAGAAAUUUGAGAGGGACACUAAAUCCAUGUGAAACGGUGGAGUGAAAUUUUGGUUUGGCUUAAAAUCUGGAAGCAUAUGAGCUACACUACAACAUUGAUUGUUGCAACAACAAGCGUCAUACACCACAUACCUACCGAAGUGGUGGCCAGGGUAGUGAAGAACCACUUGGGAUCAUCAUUCACCGCAUCAUUAACCACAAACAAGCAGUACCAACCAGACUCCCCCAAAAGGGUAUAGCGCAACGGUGGCCAAAACAAAUUGGCUACAUCGAACGGAACACCAAAAGCAUUAGCGAUUAUCAUAAAAACUUUUACUUUAAAUAACAACCAUCCACAGGGCAGUAGUAAAUACACUAAAGUGCGGUUAAGGGUGCAGCGUAAGCAGCCAAAAAUUUAGCUAGCAUGGAGUGCUGUUUAUCGGAGGAGGCGAAGGAACAGAAGCGCAUCAACCAGGAAAUCGAACGGCAGUUGCGUCGAGACAAACGAGAUGCCAGAAGGGAACUCAAACUGUUGCUACUCGGCACUGGUGAAUCUGGCAAGUCGACAUUUAUCAAACAGAUGCGUAUUAUUCACGGCAGCGGUUACUCCGACGAAGAUAAACGGGGUUACAUUAAAUUAGUCUACCAAAAUAUAUUCAUGGCCAUGCAAUCGAUGAUCAAGGCCAUGGAUAUGUUGAAAAUUUCGUACGGCAAAGAUGAACACGGUGAACUCGGCGAACUGGUGAUGAGUAUCGAUUACGAAACAGUCACAUCAUUCGAAGAUCCAUAUUUAUCAGCCAUUAAAACACUGUGGGCGGAUACUGGCAUUCAGGAAUGCUACGAUCGACGAAGAGAAUACCAACUCACAGAUUCGGCAAAAUAUUAUCUGAUGGAUCUCGAUCGUGUGGCUCAACCAGAUUAUUUACCAACCGAACAAGAUAUUUUGAGAGUUCGUGUGCCGACAACGGGGAUCAUUGAGUAUCCCUUUGAUUUAGAAGAAAUUCGAUUUAGCUAUCUCAGCGAUCUUGAGCGUAUCGAGCAGGCAGACUUCCUCCCCACUGAGCAGGAUAUUUUGCGUGCUCGUGUGCCGACUACAGGGAUACUUGAAUAUCCAUUCGAUUUGGACGGUAUCGUAUUUAGAAUGGUGGACGUGGGUGGUCAGCGUUCCGAAAGAAGAAAAUGGAUUCAUUGUUUUGAGAAUGUGACAUCAAUCAUAUUUUUGGUUGCGCUAUCGGAAUACGAUCAAAUCUUAUUCGAAUCUGAUAAUGAGAAUCGUAUGGAAGAAUCAAAAGCUUUAUUUAGGACUAUUAUUACGUAUCCGUGGUUCCAAAAUUCAUCGGUUAUUCUUUUCUUAAAUAAGAAAGACUUAUUAGAGGAAAAAAUUAUGUAUUCGCAUUUGGUAGAUUACUUUCCCGAAUAUGAUGGUCCACAAAGGGAUGCGAUUGCCGCCCGAGAAUUUAUUCUUCGCAUGUUUGUAGACCUUAAUCCAGAUUCUGAAAAAAUCAUCUAUUCUCAUUUCACCUGUGCUACAGAUACUGAAAAUAUUAGAUUCGUGUUUGCAGCUGUUAAGGAUACAAUUCUCCAAUCAAAUCUGAAGGAAUAUAAUCUGGUCUGAAGUGCAUUCAGAUGGACAGACAAUUUUUGUGAUUUUAUUAUAUUCAUGAUUCCUUUUUCGCAUAAAAAUAUAUAAGUAAAAAUAUAAACAAAGAAAAAAUAAACAUAACGCUAAAUUAAUACAAACAAACAAAAAAUAAGAAAAAAUAAUUAGACAAA